AUUCCGAAUUCCGUUCCUCCGAAAGAUAACUCAGCACGUUGCUCGCAGCCUGAACGGCUCUCUGUCCUGCUUGUGAAUUGUCGCAGCAUAAGGAACAAAGUCGAUAACUUCAUGUCUUUAGUAGCCACUGUUAAACCUCAGAUUGUGAUGGGCACCGAAUCAUGGUUAAACAAGGAUAUACCUGAUGUAGAAAUCUUUCCGCCUGGUUUUACUGUCUAUCGGAAAGAUAGGCAUGGACAAGGCGGGGGAGUAUUCCUUUUGAUAUCAAAUGCAUUGUCAAGUACACAAAUUUUAUUUGAAAACGAUUCUGAGUCUGUCUGGUGCCUUGUGAAAUUGCCUAACGGAAACAAUGUAGUCUACGGGACAUUCUACCGUCCACCCGGCAGCAGCGGCUCAUUCGGAUUGCUGUCUGAGAUGCUCUCUCUCCUGCCUAAUAGCGUACUUCUAGGGGGGGAUUUCAAUUUGCCUGACUUCAACUGGAAUGCUGGAUGUGUGGCUGGCAAUAGGUCCCGUAUUUACACAGAGUUCGAAGAACUGCUCGGAUUAAAUGGGUUGCAGCAGUACGUACUGGAACCUACGCGAGAAAAUGCAAUUCUAGACUUAGUACUUUGCAAUGAGCCGAACAUAAUAUCAAAAGUUACUGUUUGCCCAGGUAUUAGUGACCACAGGGCAGUUGUCAUAGAGCUUAACAUACAGCGAGUACGGAUGGCGCAAAUUCCGCAAAGUGUACAGCUACAACAGAGGAGACUAUGCUGCUAUCAGGACCGAACUUGAAAAUUUCUUUCC